ACUCUAUGAUUCUAGUUUUUGUAUGUGACUAUAUACUAUACUAUAUUUUUUAAUUAGCCCAUUUUUUUAUAAUGUAAUGUAAAGCAGCCAUCUCUGAAAAUAUCAUCAAUAUCACAACUAUAAAUAUAGUGAGUUGAAUCCCAAUAUUCUUACAAGUUCCAUACAAAUUCAGCUUUUUAACGAGAAAAUGGCCCGCAAGAAGAUCAGAGAAUAUGAUUCGAAAAGAUUGUUGAAAGAACACUUUAAGAGGCUUGCUGGUUAUGAUUUGGCCAUCAAAUCUGCCCAGAUUACAGAGUCAACUGAUUUGAAUGAGCUUGUAGAGAAAGAGCCAUGGGUUUCUUCAAAAAAAUUGGCGGUAAAGCCUGAUAUGUUAUUUGGGAAGCGUGGAAAAAGCGGGCUAGUUGCCUUGAAUCCUGAUCUGGCUCAAGUUGCUCUUUUGUUGAAGGAACGGUUAGGCAAAGAGGUUGACAUGAGUGGAUGCAAAGGGCCCAUCACAACCUUUAUUGUUGAGCCAUUUGUACCUCACAAUGAGGAGUUUUACCUAAAUAUUGUUUCAGACAGACUUGGUUGUAGUGUUAGCUUUUCUGAAUGUGGAGGAAUAGAUAUUGAAGAGAACUGGGACAAGGUUAAGACAAUCUUUGUGCCAACAGGGACAUCUUUUACAUCAGAGAUUUGUGCACCACUUGCUGCUACUCUACCACUAGAGAUUAAAGGUGUAAUUGAGGAGUUCCUCAAAGAUGUCUAUACUUUGUUUCAAGAUCUGGACUUUACAUUCCUGGAGAUGAAUCCUUUCACAUUGGUCGAAGGAAAGCCUUAUCCACUGGAUAUGAGGGGAGAGCUUGAUGACACUGCUACUUUUAAGAACUUCAAAAAGUGGGGAAAUGUUGAAUUUCCAUUGCCAUUUGGAAGAGUGAUGAGUGCUACGGAGAGCUUUAUUCAUGGGCUGGAUGAAAAGACAAGUGUAUCUUUGAAGUUCACAGUCUUGAACCCCAAGGGGCGAAUUUGGACAAUGGUUGGUGGUGGAGGUGCCAGUGUCAUCUAUGCAGAUAAUGUCGGUGAUCUUGGAUAUGCUUCUGAGCUCGGUAAUUAUACCGAAUAUAGCGGUGCUCCAAAUGAAGAAGAGGUCUUGCAGUACGCGAGAGUUGUAAUUGAUUGUGCAACCGCAGAUCCUUAUGGCCGUAAGAGAGCCCUUGUGAUAGGUUGGGGAAUAGCCAACUUUACUGAUGUUGCUGCUACAUUUAGUGGUAUAAUUCGAGCUCUGAAGGAGAAGGAAUUUAAACUUAAAGCUGCAAGAAUGCACAUAUAUGUUAGAAGAGGUGGUCCAAACUACCAAAAGGGUCUUGCAAAAAUAUGGUCUCUUGGGGAGGAAAUUGGCAUCCCAAUUGAGGUAUAUGGACCUGAGGAAACCAGGACUGGUAUCUGCAAACAGGCUAUUGAGUGCAUCACUGCAUAAAGCAACCAACUCUGCUAAAUUGUUUUGGUUUUUUUAGCUUUGUGUUAUCAUAAUGAUGUUGUUUGUGUCUGAUAUAAAAAAGAGUGCUUUGUAAUUUAGCCAUAUUACAUUCGCAAAUGGGCUCUAAUAAUAAUAUCUACAUAUUCAUCUUCUGAAA